CGGCUACCCCAUGCAGUAUUUUGCAUGAUGGUGCGUGAUAGACUCACUGUUUUCUUCACUCCCCAUAAUGCAUAAUGCAGGAUAACUAAUCUUGUUCUUAAUCUUUCCUCCCUUUCCAUCAUCAUCAUCAUCAUAACAUCGGGCAUGAUUACCCGUUUGACUUGCGAUGUAAAAUAAAAGCAAUACAGCAAUACAAUAGCGAUACUAGAACCCGAGAAAUGCAGUUUCAAGAUUUCAAGAUCAUCGGGCAGCUAUGUGCAUGUGCAAAUACAUCAUGACCCGCCGCUUAUCGUUAUUACUAGGUGUAGGUGGGACAUGAUGUUCACGAAUCUUCUUCGAGCAAGGGACUGCAUCCCUGCACAUCACAGCAGCGCCAUGACCAGCAAUGCCAGUAGCAGACUUUGCUGGCAAUCCAGCCACAGUCAGUGAUAUGCGGAAAGAGCUUAGGAAUGCGUCAUACUCGGUGUUGCUUGCAGUAGCCGAUUAUGCACACACGUACAUCGUGCGAUGAUGUGGACAAAGGCUGGUGUCCUCAUGGCGAGUUGAUAUAGGAGGAAUGGAGAGAGGAAUGCUGAAGCGCAAGCCUAUCCAUGGAUGGACUAGUAAGAGAAGCAGCAGUGCCACUGCUACCACCACUUGUCAUCAUCAUCACCACCACCAUCACCGCCGCCACCAUCACCACCACCACCAGCACCGCCACCAGCACCACACGAAAGAAGCACCAUCAUCACCACCAGGACCAGCACCAACAGGACUACCUUCAGUUCGGUUACCAUCAUCUGGUAUGACAAGUCGCGCUCCAUCCCGAUGCCAUCAACCAAGCAGAGGCUGCCUCGUCAUCUGCACCAGCUCUUGUCCCGGCCUUCACCACAACCAGUACGGCCAGCCAUCCGACACCGUCACAGCUGCUGGCCAAACUUCCGCACCGCUUGGAUCGUUCAGAGGUCCAAUUGGAUGGACCAGCACCCACUCUGGCAGCUUCAAGGACAAGUUCCUCCACUCGUGGCACCACCUGCUAGUACUGCGCUCUCAAUUCGUCAUGUCCCUGCCACCUGCCACUCUGUCCUCAUUGCCAACGACCAGCCCGUUGUAGUACUGGGGACUCGACUUCCUCACUGCACAUGUGAAUGCAUCCGCCUCAACUCUGACGAUAGGCGACGUCUCCGUCUCUGCCACAUCCACACUUCCUGUCAGCAAGUACUCCCCCAGUGCCACCAAUUCAGUUUGCCUCACCGCUUCCUGUACAAUCCCUCUAUUCUCACAGAAUGGUUAUGUCAGGCCGCCUAACUGACAUCCCCACAUUCUCCAAUAGUAAUUGCACCACGGUUGUCAAGUCUGAUCUCACCUGUAUGGAUGCUGAGUAUGACGUUGAUGUAGUCGUUGCUACUGCCGCUGUUGCAACGUUGUUUGCCGACACUGUGCUGCUGCUCUGUGUCCUCGACACACAGCCGUCUCCGAGAUUUGCCGAAAAGGCAUCGUUGUGGCAACUAGGCAUAAGCCCACUCCUCCUCUGCAUUUCCACGAAUAAGUCCGGGCUAGAGGCGAUGCUCGCAUUCAAUAUAUCAGUUCUCCUACUAUUCGCCUAUGGACUCAGUCUAAUUACCUACUUGUGCACAACGGCCUGCUUCAUAACACCAUCACUCUACAGCUUGUUCUACGCGCAUCUCUCCGUGAUGAAGCACUCCACUCUAUCCAUGAUUUGGCAGUUUCCGGACAUCUUGAUGUGUCUCGCACGCUGGCUCUUGCACGUCACCGGCACUACUGGCCACACAUGACUACCGAUAUCACUGACUGGGUCAAGACGUGCACUCAGUGUCAGCAACAACAUCAAGCUCCUCUACAUGGGCAGCGUGCUCCGCUUAGUCAACGAGUCAAGGGUAUUGACAUCUUGGGUCCACUUCCCGUAGCUGCCAGAGGUAACUGAUACAUUCUUGUCGUUGGCACUUACUUUACCAUAAUUCUGGUAUGACGUUUAUGCUCUGCCCGACUUUCUCGCUACAACAGCUGCUACCUACAAUGUCAUCGUUGACGGAUUCAUCUGCCGCCAUGGUGCCCCUCUAGCCAUUCACUCUGACCAAGGGCCACAGUUCGAAUCACAUGUCUUCCAACAUCGUUGCAAACCCCUGCACAUACACACGACUCGUACAACGUCGUACUGCUAGCAAUCUGGUCUCAUCGAAAGCCUACAUUGGAGAGUAUGCUGUGGUGAUGUGACGAAGAACAUGUGAACUGGAAUCUCCAUCUACAACGAGUAUUGUUUGACUACAGAACCAGCCAGAACUCAGUCACCACCCCCCCCCCUCCCGUUCCGCCUAAAGUAUGGACAAGAAGCUACCACACCAGUUGACCUUCUCCAUGAUCACCUGUGAGCACAGCAGCCAACAUCACACCCCGAGUAUGUGCAGACGCUCACGUCGUCAUUACUGUCUGCCUUCCAAAUUGCUUGUGACCGAAAAUGCCCAUGUAGUAACCCACCAGAAAGACAGAUAUGAUUAUACGGUACGGCCACCUACACUCUACGACCCUGGCACAGCCCAGUGACUCGAUAUGCCCAGCUGCGUUUGGCAACUAAUACUUGACUUUCGAUUACACCUAUUAUAGUAAUCUUGUUGUGAUUGAUUGUGAACGUAUUCACUGAUAUCGGAGAGCUAUAUCAGUGUGGACCUACAUGUGCCUCUGGCUGUGUACCCUGUGUGUAUGGAUAUGCGCAAGUGCAUGUACAAGUAUGCGUGUGUGUGUGUGUGU